UUUUCCAACUGACAGCAAAAAAUAAAAACAAGUACGGCCAAUCACACCAUGUUUAAAUUCGUCAAAGUCAAAUGUUCAUGCUUGCGGUUGAGGGGAAGGCUGAAGGCCGAAGGGGAAAGAGAACGGCUUUGAGAAUUUGAGUGAAACUUCAAGUUAAUUAGUGUGCAUUUCAAGAUUAAGAUUCAUAGUAAAAAUUAAUUAGACUAUGUUUCAUGAACUUCUCUUUAAAAAUCGAGGGUUCUGAAUUCUGAAAAUUUAUAGCUCAUUUUCAGUGUUGCAGAAUUAUACAUGCUUCAAACAGAAGGGAUUCAAAUUCAAAGUUGGUAAGGUGCCAACCAACUUUCUACUCAUGAUUUCAGUUUCUUUGCUAUUGGGAAUGCUAUGCAUGGAGGUGGAGAAAAACUGUGCCUUUUAGAGUUCAACCUGUACCCUAAAUCUGUUAAAACUAAGCUGAAGAUGAAAACAUUGGCACAGAUGCGAAAUGGGGUACUAAAGAAGCUGAAUAAAAAAAGAAAAUUAGGAUUCUCUUCUUUGGUAAUGAGUUCUGGCACUCGGCUGCUGAAGCAAACAGAUCAGAAAAGAAAGGUUGAACUUGAAACCACAGGAGAGGAAUUGAUCCAUAAAAAAGAUGAUUCCGAAGGCCAUCAAAUCGAUUUUUCUAAGAAGCGGGAUCACAAGGAGUGUCAAGGGGAUAAACCUUUAUGCUCAAGUUCCAAAGGUAAAAAGGACAGUGGGGGUUCUGAAACUGUAAGUUUAAAGAGAAUGAGAAAACAGAAGAGAAAGAAAGAUAAAGUUGUCAAAGAUGAAGCUGCUCAAAUGCAGAGAAGGGUUAGAUACCUUUUGGUUAAAAUGAAGCUAGAACAAAACCUCAUUGAUGCUUACUCAGGAGAAGGUUGGAAAGGUCAAAGUCGAGAAAAGAUCAGGCCUGAAAAGGAGCUACAGAGAGCCAAGAAUCAGAUAUUAAAAUGCAAGCUUGGAAUUCGGGAUACAGUUUACCAAUUAGAGUUACUUGGCUCUGUUGGGCAGAUUGAUGACUCCCUGAUUUCUCCAGAUGGCUCUGUCCAUCAUGAACAUAUUAUCUGCAAAAAGUGCAAAUCUCAGGAAGUUUCAGAGGAUAACGAUAUAAUAUUAUGUGAUGGCACCUGCAAUUGUGCUUUUCAUCAAAAAUGUAUUGAUCCCCCAUUGGCGACAAUAGAUAUUCCUCCUGAGGAUGAAGGUUGGUUAUGUAAAUAUUGUGAUUGCAAGAUGGAAAUUCUAGAAGCAACCAAUGCACAUCUUGGAACAGAAUUCACUGCUGAUAGCCCCUGGCAGGAUAUAUUUAAAGAAGAAGCUCUUUUAUCUAAUGUUGAAACCGGAGAUAUAAAUCCUGAAGAAGAGUGGCCCGAUGAUGAGUCCGAUGAUAAUGAUUAUGACCCUGACAGGGAUGAAAAUGAUAGAGGUAACAGGUGUGGCAUGGAGGACAGUGAUUCACAUGAGGAUACCAGUACUAGUAGCUCAUGUUGUUCAUUAGAGAGUGAAGUCCUUUUAGAUUCUGGAUUCUCUGCCGGAAGACAUGGAAUAUCCAUCAAUAUUGCUUCAUUGCAUCAAAACUGUGCUACAGAUUCCAAUGAUACUGAAAUUGCUAGUGGUCCCAGAAAGCGAGGUGCUGUGGAUUAUAGGACGCUCUAUGAUGAAAUGUUCGGAAAGGAUACCAAUAUAGGUGAUAUAUAUAGUGAAGAUGAGGAUUGGGACCCUUCUAAGAAAAGACGGAGGAAGAAGGAGAGCGAUGUUGCUAGUACCCUGAUGACUUUGUGUGAAAGUGAAGCUAAACAUUCAGAUCUGGAAACACUGAAAGUGGCUAACAAUCAUCUUCCAUAUGCGAAAGCUAGAAAGCCCCUCACAAGGAUUCCUAGUGACGCGGUGCAGAAACUUCGUCAGGCAUUCUCGGAGAAUGAACUUCCAUCCAGAGAUGUUAAGGAAAAAAUCUCGGAGCUAGUGGGUAUCGAGUACGCAAAGGUCAAUAAGUGGUUCAAAAAUGCACGCUACAUGGCUCUAAAGACUAAGAAGAGAGAAGCAGCUUUGGACUGUUCUCCCAAGCAAUCUGAUUCAGCAAUCGGUAAAGCAACUGAGGUUAUUGUUUCCAAGUGUCCUUCCACACCCAUUUUAACCCAUAAAAAGAAACGAUUGAAGAAAGUCAGCUGGAAAGCUAAUUUGACGACAUUGCUCAGCCCUUCAAAGAAGCAUAAGUUGAUGAAAACUUCACUUGGUUAUACCAAGACUAAUGGGGAGCUAAGUGAUGAUAUGAGCUUGAAGAAGCACCUUUUACACUUGAAGGCUAACAGCAGGCAGAAAAAAGUAGUUAAACGUAGCACUGAAUCACUUGAAGGACAAAGCGAGGAAAAGUUAAUGGAACAUCUAUUUUGUCUGGAAACAAAGCUUUGGAAGUUGAAGCAAGUUUUAUCGACUGUUGAGAAGGUCAUAAACAAUGAAUCAGACGACCUUAGCUUGGAUAAACAAAAGGUGGUUUAUGUUCCUGUUGCAGAGAUCAAAGAGAAAACUCUAUGCUGAUCUUUAUCACUCUUAUGUGAAAGUGAAAGUGAAAGUGAAACCCAGAUCUUGAUACUGCCACAACUGUGUAAAAGGACAUGGCAUCUUAACAGGAUCAUAAAAGCAGGAAACGAUUCAUGCUGCAGAACAUGUGUAAUUUCCUUUGUGUAUGUCAUUCAUUGAGCUUAUAAAGCUCUGUAAUUAGUCUCAAGGGUUUGUUGUAAAUAUUUUGGAAAUUUUGCAAGUCCAUAAGUAUUAAUAUUGCCAGGAAUUUUUUUUUUAA